AUGAAUCCAAGAACAAACCUAGAGAGUUUCUCCGAUUUCAUUCUGUUUCUGUUCAUGUCUAGCUUGCCCUUCAAGGAAGCUAUGAAACUAAGUCUUGUCUCAAAACGUUGGGAGAGUCUCUCUCACAAAAUGACCAACAUUGCUUUCAAAGAGUCUGAAUUCGUGAAAUAUUAUGUUUCAGACGAUGAACAAAUCAAAAGGGUCGCUAGGCCUUCGUUCGUUCGCUACAUGCUUAAAUGGGUUGCGGAUUUUACCGGUGAAGAGAUCAAAAGUUUCAAACUUUAUCUAUCUAAACCAGUUGAAUUCGCAUCAGCAGAAGCAGUAGUGUUUCAAUUGCGUGGACGCUUUAAUAAUCUAGCGAACCCUGAAGCUAUUCGCUUGCGGUGUCCUCUUCUCGAGAGUCUAAGCCUACAAAAUUGUUGGGACGUUGUUCUCGAAAAGAUUAUUGGAUAUAACAACCGUUUAAGAGCAAUGAUAUUCGAAAAUUGUGAUUUUGCCGUGGUGUACACUACACUCGACUUGCCAAACAUUCAUAUCUUUAAGUACUCAGGUAGGUUUCAUUACUUUGCAUUUGAGAGAAUGAAUAGGGCAAUGAAAGAAGCAUACUUGGAUUUUGGUGUGGAGACAAAGUACCAUGAAGAGACUACAGGAACACUUCUUCGUGGUUUCCUUUACGAUCUUUUAUCAGCUAAAACAUUUACCAUUUGUCCUUUUGUCACUCAACUUGAAAACGCAAGAACUAUAGAGAUAGUAUUAUCCAAGAGAUUUUUCAAAACAUUCAACUAG